UUGUUGUCCGGGCUCCGGUUGUCAAGCAGCAACCAAUCAGGGCGCGCGGCGGAGAACGGCCGGAGCCGCGGAGCCAGCCGCGCUGCUCAGCCGCAGGAGAGCGCAGAUCAGAGUUGCUUCCUGUGAAUAAACAGGGCACUGGAUCAUCUAUAAAAUAUAUUUAUUUUUUAAAAAUUAAGAGUUUCAUCAGUUUGCAUGCUGCAGGACGGAUCAGAAGAUAGAACCUGAUAUCUGGGGGGUUGAGCCCCACACAUGCUGACGAAAACAAAACAUUGGGGUGGUGGAAAAGAAGUCUGCUUCUCUGCAGCUGUGUGAGAAGCCUCUGCAAUGGCAGCGGCCGUUGUCACCAAGACAGCUUGGAAGCUGCAGGAAAUCACUGCUCACAGCAGCAAUGUUUCUUCACUCGUGUUGGGCAAAGGUUCAGGCCGGCUACUGGCGACUGGUGGAGAUGAUUGCCGGGUUAAUAUCUGGUCAGUUAACAAGCCGAACUGCAUUAUGAGUCUGACAGGUCACACAACACCAGUGGAGAGUGUGAAGAUCAAUACGAAUGAAGAGCUGAUUGUUGCAGGGUCCCAGUCAGGUUCCAUUCGAAUCUGGGACCUGGAAGCUGCCAAAAUCCUCCGUACAUUAAUGGGCCACAAAGCAAACAUCUGCAGUCUAGACUUCCAUCCUUUUGGAGGCUUUGUAGCUUCAGGGUCCAUGGACACCAACAUUAAGCUUUGGGAUGUGAGAAGAAAAGGCUGUGUCUUCAGGUACAAGGGCCACACUCAAGCUGUCCGGUGUCUCCGAUUCAGUCCUGAUGGGAAGUGGCUGGCAUCGUCCGCAGAUGAUCACACAGUGAAGUUGUGGGACUUGGCUGCUGGGAAGAUCAUGUUCGAGUUCACAGGACACGCAGGACCAGUCAACGUGGUGGAAUUCCACCCAAACGAAUACCUUUUAGCCUCUGGUAGCUCUGACAGAACUGUCAGAUUCUGGGACUUGGAGAAGUUCCAGGUCGUGAGCUGCAUUGAGGAAGAGGCCAACCCUGUCAGGUGUGUGCUGUUCAAUCCUGAUGGCUGUUGCUUGUAUGCCGGCUGCCACGAUUCCCUGCGAGUAUAUGGCUGGGAGCCUGAGCGCUGCUUUGAUGUGGUCUUGGUGAAUUGGGGCAAGGUGGCUGAUUUGUCUAUCUGUAACAAUCAGUUGAUCGGCGUUUCUUUCACGCAAAGCACAGUCUCUUCGUUCGUUGUGGACCUCAGCAGAGUCACGAAAUGUGGUUCUGGCCUCCAUGGGCUUCUUAGGGGCGACAGGCCUCUUGCUCAGCCCACGUCUGUGGGCUCUUCCUUGCGACGCAUCUAUGACAGGCCAUCGACCACAUGCAGCAAGCCCCAGAGAAUGAAACACAACUCCGAGAGUGAGAGGCGCAGUCCGAGCAGCGAGGAUGACAGGGAAGAUAAGGAAUCCACUGCAGAGAUCCAGAACCCAGAGGACUACAAAGAGAUCUUCCAGCCAAAGAAUUCCAUCACUCGAACUCCACCGCACAAGAGUGAGCCUUUUCCUGCACCUCCAGAAGACGAGCCCAUGCUUGCCAAGGAAGCCUCAAGGCCGAGUCAAGCUGUGGAUGUUCAGACCCCAUUGCCAAGCCAGGAGAAUCCUGACCCCAUUCAGAGGCCACCAAUAGCUUCCUCCAUCCCUAUGACCCGGGUUGAGCCGUCUGUGAUCCCUGCUGCCAGGAAUGAGCCUAUCGGGUUGAAAGCUGCCGACUUCUUGCCGGCUGUGAAGAACCAAAGCCUGACAGAAAUCGUCGAUGAGGAGGCCAUGUCCCAAAUCCGGAAGGGCCACGAGACCAUGUGUGUGGUGCUUACCAGUCGCCACAAGAACCUGGAUACCGUGAGGGCCGUGUGGAGCACUGGAGACAUUAAGACAUCCGUGGACUCUGCUGUGGCCAUCAGUGACCUUUCCGUUGUAGUCGACCUCCUGAACAUCGUCAACCAGAAGGCGUCUCUGUGGAAGCUGGAUCUGUGCACGGUCAUCUUGCCUCAGAUAGAGAAACUUCUGCAAAGCAAAUAUGAAAGUUAUGUCCAGACUGGCUGCACUUCACUGAAACUGAUCCUGCAGCGAUUUCUCCCUCUGAUCACAGACAUCCUUGCCGCACCGCCAUCCGUGGGAGUAGACAUCAGCAGGGAGGAAAGGCUCCACAAAUGCCGCCUGUGCUACAAGCAACUGAAAAACAUCAGCAACAUCAUCAAGAACAAAUCUGGACUCAGUGGCCGCCAUGGCAGUGCCUUCCGUGAGCUGCAUCUUCUGAUGGCUGUCCUUGAGUGAGGCUCUGCUGUGUCCACCCACACUGGCAUACCGUGUCCUGGACCCUCCAGUCCAGUCCAUCUUUGGGUAUUUUUUAUUUCUCCAUCUCUCCACACUCCUCCAGAGGCAGGGGCUGCCUCACUGUUCCAACUCCAGUGCCUUACAGGUUAGAUUGCAAGUCAGGCCGUCCUGCACUGGUGCAGCACACCUCCUUUCUGCAUACAGGUUGAGGGCUGGGAAUGCAGUGGUGAAAUCCCAGUGUGGACAGCAUCUCCUGACUCUGGCAACCAGCAGCGGUUGUGAGCCCUGCCUGGUUUUCCUUUCUGGUCUUACACAUGUGUGACUUGAGCCAGGAAUGGGUGGGGCUGGACUUGCCUGAUUUGUACCUGUGUUGUAGCUACUCCUUUGCAUCUGCCUCUUGGGCUGGAGACGUGAAGCCAGCCUCUUCUGACAUGGCUGGGUCUGACCCAUCUUGCUUGCUUCUCAUGGGGGAAGUUGUCGCUGCGCUGGGGAACCGGGCGUUCUUUCCCCUGCAUCACACUUGUAAAUGUGCUGGAGCCUGCUGGUCAUAAAACUGUAACUUAUAAUGAAUUUUAAUAAAACGUUUGUAACUUUGA